AUGAAUGAGGACAGGAAUACGCUUUACGUGGGUGCCAUGGAUCGAAUAUUCAAACUGAAUAUGACGGACAUUAGCCAGUCGCAUUGUGAGCGGGAUGCUUUGCUCCUAGAAGCGAGUAAUGUGGCGCGUUGUGUGAGCAAAGGGAAGUCGGAGCCGUUCGAGUGCAGGAACCACAUUCGAGUGCUCCAGCCACUCGGCGACGGGGAGCGAUUGUACGUGUGUGGCACUAACGCACACAGCCCUAAAGACUGGGUCGUUUAUUUAAAUUUAACACACCUUCCUCGUCACGAGUACGUGCCAGGGGUGGGCCUUGGUGUGGCCAAAUGCCCCUAUGACCCGGCGGAUAAUAGCACGGCCGUGUGGGUCACUGAGGGCAACCCUGGCGGGCUGCCAGCAUUAUAUGCUGGAACCAACGCCGAGUUCACCAAAGCGGAUCCAGUCAUUUUCCGCAACGACCUCUUCGAUUUCCGGACCGGACAAAAGAGGUUUAAUUUCAAAAGGACGUUGAAAUACGAUUCAAAAUGGUUGGAUAAAACAAAUUUCGUUGGUUCUUUUGACGUCGGCGAGUACGUUCUAUUAUUUUUUCGUGAAACCGCGGUGGAAUUCAUGAACUGUGGAAAGGCGGUGUACUCUAGGGUAGCUCGGGUUUGCAAACAAGAUACCGGGGGGAAGCACAUACUUAGCCAGAACUGGGCCACUUAUUUGAAAGCGAGGCUCAACUGCAGCAUACCUGGAGAGUUCCCGUUCUAUUUUGAUGAAAUACAGAGUGUCUAUCAAAUGCCGGGCGAUACCACUCGAUUCUAUGCGGCUUUCACGACGGGUGCAAGUGAUGGUUUGGUCGGUUCGGCUAUUUGCACUUACACUAUGGAAGACAUACAGGAGGCGUUUGCUGGCCGCUUUAAGGAGCAGGCAACCUCAAGCUCGGCGUGGCUGCCGGUACUAAGGGCUAGGGUGCCUGAACCUCGCCCGGGUACUUGCGUCAACAACACAGAGGCGCUGCCGGACAACGUGCUUAACUUUAUAAGGUCUCAUCCCUUAAUGGAUUCAGCGGUCAGACACGAGGGCGACACCCCCGCUUUCUACAAGCGAGACUUGGUGCUCACCACUUUAGUCGUGGACAAACAAUUCGUCGACAUGCUGGGCGACGACAUCACCUACACCGUCUUUUACGCCGGCACUAGUAGCGGCGAGGUGUACAAGAUAGUGCAGUGGGCCGGCGGCGGGUCCAGGGUGGCGGACGUGUGGAGGGCGGCGGGCACGGAGGCGGUGCGCGCCCUAGCGCUGUCGCGCCGCACGCACGCCCUCUACCUCGCCACGGACAACCGCCUCCGACAGCUACCGCUGAGGGCCUGCACGCACCGAUAUGAUAGCUGUGUGCGCUGCGUCUUAGACCCAUAUUGUGGUUGGGACAAGGAGGCUGGUUUAUGCCGACCAUAUACCCCCGGCUUGCUUCACGACGCUACCAAUUCGACGCCGUCAAUCUGCGAGGCCAGUGCACCACAGAGAACGGUACGGGCGGGUUAUGGGCAAAGCGUCCACAUGGCAGCAUUUGGGAAAACCCCGGAAGCGCUAAAAGACCAGAACGUUGUGUGGUACCAUCAUUCUAGAGAAAAAGGCCGCUACAAAAUCAACUACAAUUGGGAGCGAAUACUACAGACCUCGGAGCGGGGUUUAGUAUUAUUGUCAGUAACAGAGUCGGAUCGUGGUCGCUAUGAAUGCUAUUUUGGACCCACGCUUAUCGCAUCAUAUAAUCUUGAUAUUGAUACACAAAGGUGCACUCAGCCAAGCAGAUCCCAGGACUAUAAACAAGUGUAUUCGGAUUGGUGUCACGAAUUUGAGAAAUAUAAGAGCGCUAUGAAGGCUUGGGAGUCGAGGCAAAUGCAAUGCUCCAAAAACCUGAACUCGUCGAGCCAGCAGAACAACAUGGACAACGAGAUAGUGGCUACGUUGCGG